AUGACUACGAAGCCGAUAAAAGAGGAACCACAUACGGGAUUAAGCUCGACGUUGUAUCUUACCACGGAACUUAUACCUAAAUUCACCGGUCAAGACAAAACCUAUUCAGUGUCUCGAUGGAUACAAGACGUCGAAGAGAAUGGUGAAAUAUGCGGAUGGACACCGCUUCAACAGCUACUGAUGGCACGGAGAUCUCUAGCAGGCACCGCACAACUCUGGAUACAAGCUGAACGCCCUCACAAAACAUGGGAGGAACUCAAGACGGCCCUGAGUAAGGAAUUUCCCGACACCGUCGACAUCAAGACCAUACACGAACUCAUGAGUCAGCGAAAGAAAAGACGUGACGAGAGUUGCAUCGACUAUAUGAUGGUCAUGAAGGAAUUAGGAAAGCGAGGAAAAUUUCCUGAUUACGUGGCUAUAAAAUACAUUGUUGACGGCAUUGUCGACCAUGAGACACAUAAAAUAAUGCUGUACGGAGUAACAACGUAUCCAGACCUAAAAGAGAAGCUCAAAAUCUACGAAAACAUUAAAGAAAAACUGAAGUUGGAACAUAGAAGUGCCUUUAGAAGUGAAAAGCGCAGUAUCAUUCAGCAAAAGUCUAAGAAAUGUUAUAAUUGUGGCGAUGGCAAUCAUUUAUCAGGAGACUGUCCGCAGAAGACACAAGGUCCAAAAUGCUUUCACUGCAACGAAUAUGGUCAUAUUUCACCGAUGUGCCCGCAUAGAAAAAACAUGGCGGUGGGCGGCCGCAAGGAAGAUAUGAGUACAAAUUCAAAUUCAUCAAAUGGCGCACUUUUGGCGAUAGAAGAAAUAAUCAUGGCGGCGGCGGCGCAUCGGCAAGUGGAAGUGGUGAACGAGUGA